UGAUGACACACCUGUACAGGUUUUUCGCGUUUGCGAUUCUCAAUUUUAUUCAUCAAAAUCAAUGUUCUGGAGCGCGAGCUUCGAAUGAAAUUCACACUCCACCCGAGACGUUCGGAAUCACCAUCGACACUCUAGCACCAGAAAGUCUUGCCCAACUGCCGCCGGCGAAAAUAGCUGAAAUGAUACGCAAUCUGCAAAAAUGGUCAGAGGAUAUGCGGCAUAAAUCCACAGAGUAUGGUAAAGAACAGAGACAUGGAAAAAUGCAGAGAUUUUUGUGUGUCGGUUAUGGAAACUGUCAAGAACUUUUAUACAUCGAAAACGGAGAAAACCCGGAACAGUAUCUGGAAAUUCCAACACCGGACAACAAUGACCCCUAUCGGAAAUAUCUGCCCGUUGGAUUUUUGAAACCCCUAACUUUCCAACAGACAGAGGAAACGUAUUACGAGUUGAAUAAAGACAGGCAUUACCGCUCGUCCCUCUAUCCGGUCCCAUUAAUCGACAAUGAGGCGGAUAUGGUGAGAAGAAGAAAUACUCCUGCGUUUUAAAGUUACACCAAGAACGAUAACUCUCAAUACCUACAUAUUCAUGCCAUAUUUUGAUAAGA